AUGGGGCAGGCUUCUCCGGUCCGGUUCAGUCCAGGCUGGGCAGGCAGGGUCCCCAGGAGUGGGCACAGGCGGCGCCCACACCUCUCUGCUUCUCCUCGCAGCGGAGUGGGACUCAGACAGCUUCAGGUGCUGCAGCGGGGUCUUGUCCCAGGCAGGAAACAGAGCGGAUUCUGCUCUCUUUUUAUGGACCAGAGACCACUGUUUGAGAAAAGUUCAGCACAGGGUCAAAAAGAAAUGUUCCAGGCAAUUUUGUCUUCCCAUGGAGGUGCUUUCAAUGAGAAGUGGAAAUUUCCCAUUUGGCCAGAAUGGAAUGAAGCAGAUAUCAAUGCAGAAAAAUGGGAUGCUGGAAAAGCUGGAAAAGAGAGAGAAAAAAUGGGAAAAAGUCCUAUUCCACCUGCCUUUGAUGAUCCUGAAGGGAAAAUAGAAAUGCCAGCGUCCUUAAAAGUGCAUUCAUGGAAACGUCCACAUGAGUUUUUAACAGAUAAGGUUCCUGUAGUUGUCCACAAUGAAACCUCAUUUGAUGUUUUUUCAGCCAAUGAUCAUAUACUUUGUAGUGAGCUGAUGAGAUGGAUUAUAAGUGAAAUCUGUGCAGUUUGGAGGAUAUAUAAUGAAAAGGCCUUAACUAACGCAACAUCCACACUUUUUUGGAAACCAUGGGAACACAUUUAUGCCUUAUGUAAAGUUAUCAAGGGACACAUGCCACUGUACAACAGCUAUGGAAAAUACAUAGUGAAACUUUAUUGGAUGGGUUGCUGGAGAAAGAUCAUUGUGGAUGACACUAUGCCUUUCGAUGAAGAAGAUAAGUUAUUACUACCAGCUACAACCUGUGAAACUGAACUUUGGCCAAUGUUACUGUCCAAAGCCAUAAUUAAGCUGGCAAAUACUAGUAAGGUUGGAACUGGAAAUAGAGAGCUGGAGGAAUUCACAGUUCUACAGACACUGACUGGAUGGAUACCAGAAGUUAUUCCUCUCCAGCCUGGAUACUUGGACAAAGUCUGGAGCUUUUUGAAAAAGACUGUGCCAGAAUUCAAGUUGCCAGAUAAGACGACUCCAGAACCUGAUAUUUCUAAGUCAGAUACAAAACCUACAGAGACCAACGUCUCAGAGUUAAAAAAUGAAGUUUCAUCUGUGAAUAAGCAUUCAGAUAAACCUGAAAAAGCAGAGAAAACUGAUAAACAUGGCAAAGAAAAAGCAGAGCAUAAAGAAAUGGGAAAAAAGAAAAGCAAAGAAGGAGAAAAAGAAAAGCACAAAGCACAUCAGUCUUCACAAAUGUUGCCAGAAGCCCAGCAUACUCAGGCCUUACAUGAAGACUCUUCUACACCAACCCAGCCAGAAAUGGUUGUGUAUGCUGGGUGUAUACCACUACAUUUGUUUGAAGAGGAUGUUUUUUCAUUACGACAGAUGGCUGAUUCUUCAGCAAAGCUGAGGCAAUAUGGGCUCUCCCACAUAUAUAGCCAUCCUGUCCUGAUCAACAGAACUAGGUCCUGUCCUCUGGUAGCACCACCAGAACCGCCACCAGUUCCUCGUUGGAAGCUUUUCCGUCUGAAAAAGGAAACUGUUGUGACAUCUGAACCCCAAGAGCCUGUGCUAAAAAAACCUGAAGAAUACAUUGAAAUUGCUAGCUUAUUUUUUAAUUACAAAUUGAAUCUUAUCAGAAUACCCACAGAUACCCGCUUUCCACAGUCUACCAUCAAAAAAGGAUUUCAGUCCAUAUCCUGUCUCCCUUCUGUUACUGAAAGUGAUGAAAAUGUAAAUGACAGUAAUGGGGAUCUGAAUCAAGCUGGGAGUAACUCAAAUGCCGAAGAUUAUUCUCAGCAGCAGAGCAGAAAGGAGUUCAUCACAGGGGAAGAAUUCCAAGAGAGUAUCAAUUUUAAUGCCAAACGAGUUUCAGAAACAGAUGAUGCUGGUAUCAACAGCCAGACAGGGGAUAAAUCAAAGGAAGAGAUCAAGUCAGAAAAAACUUCUGUUUCCAAGGAAACCUGGAUUAGCUUUGAAGACUUCUGUGUUUGUUUCCAGAACUUGUAUGUUUUCCACAAGCCACAUACAUACACUUACAACUACCAGAAGACAUAUUUUAAGUCUACUGGUGACCAAAUCUUCUAUUAUUUAUUGGUGGACAGUCUGCAACCCAUUGAAAUCCUGGUUAGCUUUUCUGCCUUAAUACACUGGAAUGAUACUGGAGAUACUAAACAAGAACGUUCUAGUGUUUCAAAAGGUGUGCUGAUGGUUGAACAUUUUUCUUGGAAGAGUGUGACUCCUGGAGAACUUGUGUUAAUGAUGCAUACAUCUGCAACCAAAGCUACUGUGUUAAAUCUUCCUAUUGGGAGGCACAUAUUGCUCUUCACAGUACGUUCACCUAUAGGGCACCAUGUUCAUCUGUGUAGCUUGGUGCCUUGUGUCUUUGGAGAAGAGGACACGGUGAUGUCAAGUCUUGAAAAGGAGAGCUGCCGGUUUAUAGGACAGGCUACAGCUAUCCUGAAAGCUAUUGGAAAUGUGAUAAAUAAUUUCAGCAGAGAGCCUGAGCUUUCUACAGCACUGAAGGAGUUGGAUCGAACUCAUUGUCCUCCUGGCCGCCAUGGUAUUAAAGUGGUUGCAGAACACUUCAAGGUUUUCAAUAAUGCACUUUGGUAUUUGAUCAAGUACGUAACAGGCAGGGAGGCUUUUGACAGCUACAAAUUUGCCUUCAGGGCCUUCACUUUGGAUUUUAAAGACUUCGAGAUUUUUGAGGAUGACACUUGGUCUUCAGAGAGCUGUGGGAGGAGUUCCCUUGGUAGCUGGCAGAACCGAACUCCUACUGCUGAAGAGGAAGCAAAAGCUGGUAAAAUUCAAGCUUGCUGGAGAGGAACUUAUGUUAGGAAAGUCCUGAACAGCAGAAAACCAGGUACUAGAGAAAAUGCUAAUGUCAAAGAAUCCUUGCAAAAAUUGUGGACUAUGAUUGAGUUAGAUUUUGAAAACUGUGCUGUGCUACUGUUAAGAGAAAUGUUUAGAAGAAAGUGUAAAUUGAUUGAAAUGUUUCCUUGCUAUGAAGAUGAAUGGUGUAAGACCUGUUUUGCUGACUAUGCUGUAACAUAUGCUGAUCAGCCACCCAAUGUGUGGUUUGUGGUUUUUAGAGAAAUAUUUCUUGUUCCAGAAGAAAUGCUUAUAGUGCCAAAGGUGUAUACCACUAUCCCUUACUGUAAACUUCAUGUUGUUGACAAUGACACUCUGGAGGAAAUGCCAAAUGUCUUUUUCAAAGUGACACCUCAUGUUUAUUCGAAAAAUAAGCAAGGGUACACGUUCAUGGCUGAAGCAGGUACCCGUGACCACCCUGCGGCAGCUGGAAGGUGGAGGCUCCGGCUCAUCGGGUCUCACAGGCCACUUCCCUUCCUCUCGCGUGAGGCUGUAAACAAUGUCUAUUCCACUAAAGAAAUCAAAGAGUAUUACAUACCCAAUGACAAGCAUAUAAUGUUCAGGUAUUCAGUAAAAGUCACAGCAUCGCAUAUUGCUACAGUGCAGGUACAAACAUCUAAACCAGAUGUGUUCAUUAAAUUACAAGUACUAGACAAUGAGGAAGAAAUGGUGAGUGUCACUGGAAAGGGCCAUGCAGUCAUCCCUGCUUUUAAGUUCUUGAGUAAUGAACCACCUUGGAGUUCCCACUCAAGCAAAACCCAGAUUAUUCAACGUACGGCAAAGAAGGCAUCAGAGAGUGGAGGAUCAAAAAAAAAAAAUCAUAUUUCAUCUUCAUCAAGUAGCAAAACUUCUUCCAGGUCAGGAGUUGUACAAGAAGGUCCACCUGUAUUAGAAGAGGAACCUGUCCUCGUGGAAAACUUUCAAAAUAAUGAUGGAAGUCCACAAGGAUCUCACAAGUAUAUCAUCCAAGCACUGGUGCUAUAUAAUAGUUGGCCACUUACUGAGAGUCAGCUUCAAUUUGUUCAGGCACUGGAAGAAAUGGAGAAGAAUAAAAACAAGGAACGUGGGGAAAAGCUUAAGGACUGGAGCCGUCCCUCAGUGUCCUAUUCCGAAGGACAAAAGUCUGCAAGUAUUCCUAAAUCAACAAGAAAAUCAAAAGAUAAAGUAUCUGAGAAAACUGAAAAAGAAAAGUCCAAUAAAGACAGAGGAUCACUUCUGCAAAUGCUAUGGUUUCCAGAAUUUCAGGAAGCUGCUUCAAUCAAACCAUACUGGACUUUACGUCUAGUUAGUGAGCAGAAAGAGGCAGACAUUUUGGAGGUGAAGAAAGACACGCAGAGAGCAGAUGAGAUCAAAGCCAUGAAACAAGCAUGGGAGUCUGCAGAGCCAGGAAGAGCUGCCAAGGCUCUUCAGGAACGCAUACGGUUUAUUAAUAAGUGUGCUCUGAGAGAUUCAGAAGAGUCCACAGCUGAGACUGAGAUUGCUGAUUUAACACCUAGUUCAGGAGAAGGAGGUAAGGAUUCUCUUACCACAGAAACUAAAGCAUCACUCAAGCCAUUGAUGCAGCAAAGAAAAUGGGAGCUCAUAGACCUUAGUCCUUACAUGAGAAAAACAGUGUCUAUAUCUAGCAUUCAACACCAAGAGGUAUCUAAAGCAGAUAAAAUCAACCAUUAUGUACAACUUCAAAAGCUGGCCUUGAAACAAAGAGAAGAACAACAAAAUGCCAGAGCUUUAUUGAAGAAACAUUUACUUGAAAUGUAUGAGAAUCUGCAGGCAUCCUUAGAUGAAGCACGAGGCAGAGUUCACAGCUCUCGGGAAGCAUACACAAAUGAGCUGCUAGAGGCUGAGCGCAAAAGACAGGAAGAGCUGGCAGCCCAGGAAGCAGCCCUGCAAGCAGAGCAAGAGAAGAAAAACCCCAGUGGACAAAAAAAAAAGAAUGGAAAAGGGAAAAAAAAGUAG